GACACGGCCAGAGCACUGAGAGGUAUCAGGUAUUGAUGUAACUGGAGUGAAUAAGGGAACCUUCUUCCUGAGCACAGACAUUGGAGCCUGUUAUCAGCAUGAACUCAUAUGUGUUAGGCAAUCACGUCAAUAGUUCAUAUCUAUCCUUCACUACAGGAAGCAUCAGAAUGAUACCGCAAACUCCAUUAGUCUUAGACACUAAUGUAUAUUCACAAAUGGUGGGGAUAUCACAGCAGAUAUUUAAAGAUGAUGAUGAAUUGGCAGGAACUGGGCAGCAAUCAUUAUGUACAGGGAAUAAUUUAGUCAUCAAACAAGAGGACAACAUUUCUGACUUAUCUAGUGAUAUUAUUAUCCCAGAGGAUAAACCACACAUAUUUACUGAGUUUUCAAAACCUUUCCAAUGCACAGUGUGUGAGAAAAGCUUUAGAUGGAAGUCUCAUCUACUAGAACACUACAAAAUUCACACAGGUGAGAAACUACACACAUGUACUGAGUGCAGCAAAUGUUUUACACAAAUGGAUAAUCUGAAAACUCCUAAAAAUAUUCACAAAGGAGAAAAGCCUUUCACAUGUACAGAGUGUGGAAAAAGUUUUACAAAAAAGAGUCAUCUGGAAAAACAUGAAAGGAUUCACACAGGGGAAAAGCCAUUCACAUGUACAGAGUGUGGAAAAAGUUUUGCACAAAUAAGUAAUCUGAAAACUCAUAAAAGGAUUCACACAGGAAAAAAGCCAUUCACAUGUGCAGAGUGUGGAAAAAGUUUUACAGAAAAAAGUGUUACAGAAAAAAGUGAUCUGAAAACUCAUGAAAGGAUUCAUACAGGGGAAAAGCCGUUCACAUGUACAGAGUGUGGAAAAAGUUUUGCACAAAUGAGCCUUCUGGAAAGACAUGAAAGGAUUCACAUAGGAGACAAGCCGUUCACAUGUACAGAGUGUGGAAAAAGUUUUACAGAAAAGAGUGAUCUGAAAAUUCAUAAAAGGAUUCACACAGGAGAAAAGCCGUUCACAUGUACAGAGUGUGGAAAAAGUUUUGCACAAAUAAGUAGUCUAAAAACUCAUAAAAGGAUUCACACAGGAGAAAAGCCGUUCACAUGUACAGAGUGUGGAAAAAGUUUUGCACAAAUGAGUAAUCUGAAAAGUCAUGAAAGGAUUCACACAGGAGAAAAGCCGUUCACAUGUACAGAGUGUGGAAAAUGUUUUACAGAAAAUAGUGAUCUGAAAAGUCAUAAAAGGAUUCACACAGGAGAAAAGCCGUUCACAUGUACAGAGUGUGGAAAAAGUUUUGCACAAAUGAGUAAUCUGAAAAGUCAUGAAAGGAUUCACACAGGAGAAAAGCCAUUCACAUGUACAGAGUGUGGAAAAAGUUUUGCACAAAUGAGUAAUCUGAAAUGUCAUGAAAGGAUUCACACAGGAGAAAAGCCAUUCACAUGUACAGAGUGUGGAAAAAGUUUGAAAGAAAAGGGUGAUCUGGAAAGACAUGAAAGGAUUCACACAGGAGAGAAGCCGUUCACAUGUACAGAGUGUGGAAAAAGUUUUGCACAAAUGAGUAAUCUGGAAAGACAUGAAAGGAUUCACACAGGAGAAAAGUCGUUCACAUGUACAGAGUGUGGAAAAAGUUUUACAGAAAUGUGUCAUCUGGAAAGACAUGAAAGGAUUCACACAGGAGAAAAGUCGUUCACAUGUACAGAGUGUGGAAAAAGUUUUACAGAAAUGUGUCAUCUGAAAAGUCAUGAAAGGAUUCACACAGGAGAAAAGCCAUUCACAUGUACAGAGUGUGGAAAAAGUUUUACAGAAAUGAGUCAUCUAAAAAGUCAUAAAAGGAUUCACACAGGAGAAAAGCCGUUCACAUGUACAGAUUGUGGAAAAAGUUUUACACAAAUAAGUAGUCUGAAAACUCAUGAAAGGAUUCACAAGGGAAGAAACCUUUCACAUGUUUAGAAAGUGGAAAAAAUGUUUUUAUUGAAAUCCGGUAUCACAAAACACCAAAUAUUUACUCACAAAUAAACUUUAUAUACACAGCGUACAAACCUUUUUAAAAUUAUCCUAAAGGACAAACUCUCUAAAUAGAAGCAUAGAAAAGGAUGAUAUUGUAAAUAAUACUUUCUAAAUCACAGUUACAAAAGCCCCAGAUUUAAAGUGCUCCUGUGCACCUCAAUUUCUCUCAUAUAAAUGUGAUAGAAUCCAAACACCACACAGGAAUAUACAGAUCUGUCCUCAUACUGACCAGUUUACAGAACCAUUCACCCCCAUAGCAACCUCAGUGUUGUUUAUUAAUAUGUCAGUGUUAUGAGUUGUACAUUUGAUUUACAUAGGGGAGGAAAAAAAUUAUAUUUACAGAAUAAAGGAGUCUUUAUAUGA